CUAGUUGAUACAGUUUUAAUCGUAUUACAUAGAAAUAUGAUGCUUUUUGUCAAUGUUUUAGAACUUAAAUGCUUGAAUUAUACAUCGAGAUAAAGUCUAAUGGCGGAAUAGUCCUUGGAAUUAAGGAAUAGAAGCAAAAUGUUUCAGAUACAGUUGCAUAGCAUAGCUUAGCAUAGUUAUCUAGCUGAAUGAUGGUGUCCCGAAAGCAGAAGAAAGUGUGGCGUUAUGUAGAAGAGGGGAGUUUAUUAAAGUUAAAGUCCUAUUUACGAAAACACAAAGAUAUCGAGUUGAAUUUUACUCAGGGGAAAAGGAGGAGAGGAUUAUUACAUUUAAUCUGCACUGAGGGAGAAGAUUCCCUGCUCACAGUGCUGAUGAAACAUGGAGCUGAUCCUCUACUGCAGGAUAGACAUGGAGACACUCCUCUUCACCUGGCUGUCCAGAGAGCUCUGAAAUAUGGAAAAAGAGAUUAUGAUGACUUGGUGGUUCCUUUGUUUAAACACUGUCCAGACGCCCUGAAGAAACCAAACAAAGCUGGAAUCACUCCACAUGAGCUUCUUCAAGGUCUGAAGUUUAAAAAGAGCCGGAGAUCAGCGGCAGAUUGUCCUCGGAGCGUCAAUCCCGAGCAGGAGUGGAGGGAGAAGCUGUUCGGUGAAUGUCAGGAUGAGUUCUAUGAGACGUUUGGGCAGUACGAUGAUGAUUUUCUGAGGGAAGACGAAGACGAGGGAGAUUUCGCCGACUGGGCGGAGAGGAUCAGGCAUGAGUACGAGACCAAGCAGCGCGCCAGAGCCACCAGCGGCCGGAAAGAAAAACGGCAAAAGCGGGAAAAAGAGCAGCAGGAGGAGGAGAGAGGGCGGCGGGAGCUUCACGCCCGGUUGGAAAGGGAACACCGGGAAUACCUGGAGCGCGCCGCGCGGAAAAAAGACGAGACGCAGCGGGGCAAAAAGAGACGCUACGAGGAGCGCUGUGAGGCCGUGUUCCUCAGCUCUACCUCCUCCGCCACCUCCUCGUCGAGCAGCAUGCUAGGAUACAGCGACAUACCCUGGCCGGCUCCUCACGGCUCGGUGAAUGAGAUGAUGGACGUGAUCCUGCACGGCGUGGACCGAUCCGACGCCGCCACUUUCAAGAAGUUUCUGAGGCGCCAGCAGGUUCUGUGGCACCCGGAUAAGUUCGCCCAGCGCUGCGGCGGGCGGCUGCAGGACAAGGACAGGCAGAGGAUCAUGGAUACGGUCACGGUUCUGUCUCAGGAGCUCAACAGAGUGGCACAGAGUCUCCGCUGAUGCCCGGGAUGCCACUACACAGACGCUUUUUACACAUUAGACGGGUGGUCCUAAUGUUUUGGUUUAUAGGUGUAUAGAGUUUGAAUGAACGACGACUGUUUUGAAAAUGUACGUACAACAAAUGAUGCUCAAUAAAUAAUUUAUCUGUGUAA